GGGACCGGAGCGGAGGGAUGGGCUCCAGGCCGCCCCAAUUCCGAGCUGGAGUGAUGUCCUGAGACCUACUCUCCCAGACCUGGUUUUUGGGUGCUGUGAAGAGAACUGGGCAGAACACCAGAAUAUCAGAAGCAGUCAAUAACCAAGAGGCCAGAGAAACUCAAAGAACAAUCCAGAGACGGAGAUCGCUCACUGGGACCACAGGCAGUGCUUUCCCACCAAGAUGAUUUCUGCAAACUCCAGAACCAGGCAGCUAAAUGGCACCUGUGUCAGCUCAGUGGACAUGGAGCUCUUCCUCCAUUACUCCCUCAUCCCAUCACUUUUCAUCAUUUUGGUCUUGUCCUUUCUCCAAAGACGAGAGCACCGUAAGCAGAGAGAUGAUACUUCUCACCUCCUGGGGAACCGCUUUGGAAUCAUCAUACCUCUGGACUUUGUGGGCACCUUUAGUAACCGAUGGUCUUAUGGAAUCGCCUUUGGGGCCACAGCCAAUAAAGUCAUGUUCUUGUUCUCAGAAGGGUACCAGCCCUUACAUAUCCCUCAGUGGGCACAAGCCUUUGUGCUUCUGGUUGGAGGCACGGAAGUCGGCCUGUCUCACUUCCCCUUCUUUGCCUGCCUCUCGUCGGAGUUCCGGCUGGUCAGCUCCAUCCUUGGCUUCAGCUACUCUCUGAUCUGGUUUGCUGUCACCAUCCUUUACAUCAUACAGUGUCCCCAUGGGCAGUUUUUGGGGAAGUACGAGACUGUCAUGUUCUACUGGCCCUCACUGCUGUGCCUGGCCUUCCUGCUGGGCCGCUUCCUUCACAUGUUUGUCAAGUCGCUGAGGGUCCACCUGGGCUGGGAGCUGCAGAUGGAAGAAAAGCCUUUCCUGGAAGUUCACCAGGUAUUUGUGCCAGUGUUGAUGAGCCCUGACAGGGAGAAUGAAAACUGGAAUCUACCAGGAUGUUCUUUUUCUUCACUAAAUUCUAAGAUGAAGCAGAGGUUAUUUUCAGAAGAAUUGGGCAUUUGUUUACCAACCACAGCCUCUCUUUUCUGUUAUUUAUUCAUUCACAGGGAGACUAAAAAGUCCUGGUUCCAAACCAGGGUGUAUGAGUGGGACCCCUGCUUUCAGUUCCCAAGCAGAAUGAUUGGAACCACUGUGUUGGCUUUCAUAUGCCUGUACCUUUUCAUUGUCAUUGAGUUCUGCAUGUUCAUGUAUGUGAGAGACGAGCUGGAUGUGUUUGAAGGGGAGCUGGAGAACUACAUCGCCUCCAUGAACCAGACGGGGACCCUGACCCCUGUCAUCCUGCAGGUGAAAGAGCUGAUGAACGUCAGCAAAGGAGUCUGGCUGGUGACCAUCUUGCCCGCCUCCCUCACGUGUGUGAGCUAUCUGUUCCACAUACUGGCCUGUUACAGAAAGCACAUGAAGAGGCUGUGGGCAGGAAAUAAACACUUUCUCCCUUUGAAGUUCCAUCAUCCUUCCUCGUCGAAGAGUGUGGUGGCCAUUGCAAGGUACUCUGGCUGGCAAAUAGCCUAUAUUCUGUGGGGCUACCUCAUCAUCCACGUGGUACAGAGCCUGUGUGGCCUGAUGGUCAUGUACAGCCUGGUGUUGCCUGUCGUCCACAACCAGGGCCUGGAGAUGCUCCAAGGACUGGGCAUCGGGACCCUCACCAUAUCCAUCGUCCUGGGUCUCAUGAUCCUGCAGGUAUGGAUCGCCACCAGCUUCUUCCUGCAGCCAAAGAUGAGCACGGCUGACAAGCAGAAGCCCUUGGCUCUCAACAACAGGAAAGCCUUCCACAACUUCAACUACUUUCUGUUCUUCUACAACGUGCUCCUGGGCCUGGGGGCCUGCCUCUCCAGGCUGCUCAUCAGCUGCAUCCUGGGCACGUGGCUGAUUGCCCGCAUCGACAGGACCAUCAUGCAGAAUGGCUAUGAGGGUGCAGACAUGGGGUUCAGCGCCUGGAUUGGCAUGCUCUAUGUGGAUCAUUAUCAUACCAACCCUGUGCUCGUCAGCUUUUGUAACAUCCUGAUCACAGGGCACAGGGAGCGGAGGCUGCAGCAGGCCAUCAAAUACUGGUGCCUAAAUCAGUCAGCAGGUCCCCGAGUCUCAGCCAGGUCCAGGACGCGGUGGCUUCUGCUGCAGACCCUGGUCAACAAUCCCAAACUAGUCAUGCUCAGAAAAUCAAGACCAGGUCAUAGCUCCCGGGAGUUUACCCAGAUUCUUUUGAUGGGCUCAGAGAGCUGACAGUGACAUCCGACCUUGCUAUAAGGCCAUUCCAAGAUGGCUGCUCCAGAGAGGACCCGGGCUACCCAGCUGCUGUCCCCUGCAUUGUGACAGGAUGCACAGUCACUGUCCACUGCAUACAGCACCAGACACUCGUGGAUGGCACCUGGGCUGAACCAUGAAGUCUCAGCCCCAAUAAUUCACUCCCCUGGUAAAAAG